AUGAGUGAAGAUACCGUCCCAGAGGCUGCCUCCCCCCCGCCCCCGCAGGGGCAGCAGUACUUCGACCGCUUUUCUGAGGACGACCCCGAAUACUUGCGCCUUCGCGGUCGCGCAGCUGACCUGCGACAGGACUUCAACCUGAUGGAGCAGAAGAAGCGCGUCACCAUGAUCCUGCAGAGCCCGUCUUUCAGGGAGGAGCUGGAAGGCCUCAUCCAGGAGCAGAUGAAGAAGGGGAACAAUUCCUCCAACAUCUGGGCCCUGCGGCAGAUCGCGGACUUCAUGGCCAGCACCUCCCACGCAGUCUUCCCAACAUCUUCCAUGAACUUCUCCAUGAUGACACCCAUCAAUGACCUCCACACAGCUGACACCUUGAACCUGGCCAAGGGAGAGCGGCUCAUGCGGUGCAAGAUCAGCAGCGUGUACCGUCUCUUAGACCUUUAUGGCUGGGCCCAGCUGAGCGACACCUACGUUACGCUGAGAGUCAGCAAGGAACAGGAUCACUUCCUGAUUAGCCCUAAGGGAGUUUCUUGUAGUGAAGUCACCGCAUCCAGCCUGAUCAAGGUGAAUAUCCUGGGAGAGGUGGUGGAGAAGGGCAGCAGCUGCUUCCCAGUGGAUACCACGGGCUUCUGUCUGCAUUCGGCCAUCUACGCAGCCAGACCCGACGUGCGUUGCAUCAUCCACCUGCACACGCCAGCCACCGCAGCCGUGUCGGCCAUGAAGUGCGGCCUCCUGCCUGUCUCCCACAAUGCCCUGCUGGUGGGGGACAUGGCCUACUAUGACUUCAAUGGUGGGAUGGAGCAGGAAGCGGAUCGAAUCAGCCUGCAGAAGUGCCUUGGACCCACCUGCAAGAUCCUGGUGCUAAGAAACCAUGGAGUGGUUGCUCUAGGUGACACCGUGGAGGAGGCGUUUUAUAAGGUCUUCCACCUGCAGGCUGCAUGUGAGAUACAGGUGUCCGCCCUGUCCAGCGCUGGGGGAGUGGAGAACCUCAUCCUCCUGGAGCAGGAGAAGCACCGACCCCACGAAGUGGGCUCUGUGCAGUGGGCAGGGAGCACCUUUGGACCCAUGCAGAAGAGCCGGCUGGGGGAGCACGAGUUUGAGGCCCUCAUGAGGAUGCUGGACAACCUGGGUUACAGAACAGGCUACACAUACCGCUAUCCCUUUGUUCAAGAGAAAACCAAACACAAAAGUGAGGUGGAGAUUCCAGCCACCGUCACAGCCUUCGUGUUUGAGGAGGACGGGGUCCCAAUGCCUGCCUUGCGGCAGCAUGCCCAAAAACAGCAGAAGGAGAAGACCCGUUGGCUCAACACGCCCAAUACCUACCUACGGGUCAACGUGGCUGACGAGGUCCAGAGGAGCAUGGGCAGCCCCCGGCCCAAGACCACAUGGAUGAAGGCUGAUGAAGUGGAGAAAUCCAGCAGUGGCAUGCCAAUACGGAUCGAAAACCCAAACCAAUUUGUGCCUCUCUAUACCGACCCCCAAGAAGUGCUGGACAUGCGGAACAAGAUUCGAGAACAAAACCGACAAGAUGUGAAGUCGGCGGGGCCUCAAUCCCAGCUCCUGGCGAGCGUCAUCGCUGAGAAGAGUCGAAGCCCGUCUACAGAGAGCCAGCUGAUGUCCAAGGGCGAUGCGGAUACCAAAGACGACUCAGAGGAGACUGUGCCCAACCCCUUCAGCCAACUCACUGACCAGGAGCUGGAGGAGUACAAGAAGGAGGUGGAGAGGAAGAAACUAGAACUCGACGGAGAGAAAGAAACCACUGCAGAGGAGCCUGGCUCCCCUGUAAGGUCUGCACCUGCUUCUCCAGCACAGAGUCCAGCAAAGUCAGAGACGAAGAGCCCCCUGGUCUCUCCCUCCAAGUCUUUAGACGAAGGUGCUAAGACAGAAACAAGCAAAGCCACCACAGAGCCUGAAACAACGCAGCCAGAAGGAGUGGUGGUCAACGGGAAGGAGGAAGAACAGACCGCAGAGGAAAUUCUCAGCAAGGGCUUGAGCCAGAUGACCACCAAUGCUGACACAGAUGUUGAUACCUCUAAGGACAAAACUGAGUCGGUCACCAGCGGCCCCAUGUCCCCAGAGGGCUCACCUUCCAAGUCUCCCUCCAAAAAGAAGAAGAAAUUCCGAACCCCGUCCUUCCUGAAAAAGAGCAAAAAGAAGGAGAAAGUGGAGUCCUGA